AUGUUAAACAUUGGUUCAAUAGCAAAUAAACAACUAAAUAAAUCAAAUCUAUCAUUACUUAGUAGUUGUUUAAGAAAAACGUAUUGUAGUGGUACAAACAAAAACACUAACAGUAAUAAUAAUAAUACCAACAACAAUGCAUCAGCUUCAACAAAUUUAAAGGCAUCUGCAGAGAAGAUCAAAGUAUAUAAAUCAACAACUGAUGAUGCACUAUUUAACAUUGCAACUGAAGAUUGGUUAUUUAAAACAUUUGAUUUAACAACACAAACUUUAUUCCUUUGGAGAAAUGGUCCAACUUGUAUUAUUGGUAGACAUCAAAAUCCAUUUAAAGAAUGUCAUUUACAACAGAUGGAAAAAGAUGGUGUAACAUUGGCUAGACGUUAUUCAGGUGGUGGUGCUGUCUAUCAAGAUCAUGGAAAUUCGAUUUACACACUCCUCUCACCCACUACACAAUAUGACAAACACAGAAACACCGCAAUUGUUAUAGAUUCACUUAGGCAAUUCGGAAUAAAUGCAGAGUCAUCGGGAAGAAACGAUGUGAUCGUCGACGGUAAUCGCAAGGGAAUAUCAUCGGUGGUCAGUCGUGUCUGUAACCUCAAGACUAUCGUGCCGGAUAUCACUCACGAGCGUUGGUGUGAAUCGAUGAUCGAGUCGUUCUUCCGCUGCUACGGAAAGCGUUGUGAUAUCGAGGAGCUCAGUCGUGACGACCUCUAUGCUAUCCCGUCGCUCAAGGAAGUCUACGAUGGACUCUCGAAUUGGGAGUGGCGUUUCGGAGCGACACCAGAGUUUGACCAUCAAUUUGAAACACGGUUCCAAUGGGGAAUCAUCGAUAUGAAUAUCAAUAGUAACCGUGGUGUCAUCAACGAUUGUAAGGUCUACUCGGAUUCACUGAACCCAGUGAUGAUUGAGAAUAUAGCAUCGGCAAUGAUUGGCGAAACCUACAGUCCACAGGGCAUAAGCAAUGCCAUCGAAAAGACAAAACUUCAACACACAUUCAAUCAAGAUACAAUCAACGAAUUGGAAGAAUUGAAACAAUGGUUAUUAACUAAAAUAUAA